ACUUGGGGCAGAUUCUUCACUGCGCGGGGAAUGCGUGCAUUUUAAUGAGCGCGGGAUUAUGUUUCACACAGAAAAUGUAUGCGCGGUGCGCGAGUGUCUCUGAAUGAGUGGAUGGCAAAAUGAGCGUGACGCCGAGAGGCCGCAGGUGCGACGGAUUAAAAACCACAGAGAGAAGCGAUCGCGGGAAUAAGUGGAACACUCUGCGGCAGUCGCUUUGCAAACUCUAGUCGGGAGAGAAUGGCUCUACCUGGGGGCCCGCUGCUGCCUCCGCCGCCGCCCCCAUACACCACCGCGAAAGAUGAGCUCGAGGUGCUGAUCACUUCGACCUACAUGCCAAAUUACUCGUCUACUAGAAAGGGAAGUUCUUCCGAUUGCGAAAUAAAAACCGAGAUCAGGAGGAAGAUACUAAAGGAUUUAGGUCCCCCGAGGCCAACAAAGACAAACUGGUGUGCCAUACUCCUCGCAUUUUUAUCAGGUGUGUUUUUCACCCUGUGUUCAGCCCUCGUCAAGGGUUUAAAGUCAAUAGCACCCAUGGAACUUUUGGUGCUCAGAUCUUGUGUCCAAGUGAGCGCAAUGCUGCCAAUUGUAGCUUACAGAGGGAGAAACCCUUUUGGACCCUCUGGAUUGAGGCUCCUUUUAGUUUUACAGGGCAUAGUUGGUGGCCUCACCCUCGUAUUGCUGUUCUUUUCAUUCCGAAGGCUUCCCUUGGGAGAUGCUACCUCAAUCAUUUUCAGCUCACCAGUGUUUGUGCUUUUGCUCUCUUUCAUUUGUCUCAGAGAGCCUUGCGGAUUUUUCCGCACACUUGUAGUGUUCCUCCUCGUCACAGGAGUUGUGCUCAUUGCACAGCCACCUCUCAUAUUUCGAAACGGUUCUGUUGAACAAUAUGACGGUUUGGGCUACUUGGCCGCCGUAUGUGGAGCGCUUUUUACCGCCAUCAACAUUGUAGUGAUGCGUCGAUGUAAAGAAGUGCACUACUCGAUUUUGGUUUUGCACUUUAGCAUUUGGUCGCUGCUGAUCGCCGGAAUUUUAACGCAAAUUCACGGACCUUGGACCUCAGGCGGGCAUUUAUAUUACGCAUCUCUGGUACACUGGGGCCUUGCUCUCCUCAUCGGAGUCACGGGACUACUUGGACAGGUUCUUUUAGCGCGUGCUCUCAGCAUGGAAGGCGCUGGCAAAGUGGCAGUCACGAGAUCACUAGAUAUAGUGCUCGCUUUCAUUCUCCAGGUGGCGUUUUGGGGUGAGGUCCCCGACUGGAAAGGCGCUCUAGGAGCUGUUUUGGUGUGCGUUUGCGUAGCGGCUAUGGGUGCAGAGGAGCAACUUACGCGGGCAGCUGCUACAAUCCCAUGAGUCUCUCAAAUAAAAUUAAGCACCUCUUACUUUGAUUUAAAUUUCUUUUUAGACCCGAGUAAUAAAAAUUAUUAUUUAUUAACAUUGAAUUUUUUCGGUUUUUUUUUU